GACAUUUAAAAGCACUUCGCGCUUCUCAUCUUUUCAGGACGAAACAGCAAAAUGUUGCUUCUAGCGUUAAUGCUGUUCGUGUCAUGCACUGAUGCAUCGACAGUGGAGGUCCCCACUUACCAGCACAUGGACCGACAGACAGGGCAGAUCCUCAAAUGCAAGCAAUGUCCCGCCGGGACCUACAUGGUCGAGCACUGCACUCCUACCCGAGACACCGUGUGUUCGCCCUGUCCGGCGAACCAUUUCACCCAGUACUGGAACUACUUACCGAAUUGCCUGUACUGCGGUAUCUUCUGCGUGGAAAACCAGCACGUGAAAGUAGAAUGCUCACCAAAAAACAACAGAGUCUGCGAGUGUAACGAUGGCUUUUUUUGGCACGCUGAAUUCUGCAUUAAGCACACAGAGUGUCCGUCUGGAGACGGCGUUCACAAGAAAGGCACCGUUCACAGUGAUACGGUAUGCGAAAGGUGUCCGCGAGGCACGUUUUCAGCAGGCGCGUCGUCGAGCGCAAAGUGCGUAAAACACACAGAUUGCGAGUCCAUGGGUCUUGUCGUGAUGCUGAAUGGAAGCCGUUGGCAUGACAACGUAUGCAUGACGUGUCAGAAUAUUCAGAAAGACGGUGGGUUAAGCAUACUGAGGGAUUUCUUGCCUCAAUUCUUUGCUCAUCAGAAAAUACGGCUCUCCAAACUGAAGAGAGUUGUGAGAAAUCUGGGCCAGAGGCAGCAAAAGCGAAACACAGUUUUCUCCAAAAGAGACUUUUUACUUAACUUCUUUUCUGAAUGGAUUAAAGCCGCUAGCAUAGACCAGCUUAAAGGCUUACCUAAGACACUUCAUUCAAAUGACAUGCACAAAACCGCAGAAAAACUAUUCACAAUUUUUAACAAGUUAGAUGUCUUAAUAAUGUAUAAUUGUAUUGAGUUUUUUCAUUCACGUUUUUAGACUCUGUCCUGAAGGCCAGUAAAACCUCACUUCAUUGCCGUAAAUUUGAGCUAACAGUGUAAGACCAGGACCUGAAUGGUUUUUUGCAUGGGAAACUGCAGAUUUAUCGCCAUGUUACUUUCAGUGUUUGACUUAGUAUCUAACAAGCUAUAAGCUUUGUAACAUUAUAAUCACUAACAUAACAGACUCAUAGGAAAUGCAUAAGUUAAGAUAGACAUUAGAAAUUCAUGGACUUCUGCGAUAUGUAAAUGUCACUGCCAUAUUAGUCUUAGGCAAACCUCCCCUACAACGACUUACAAAUAAACGGGAGAGUUGGCUUUUUUGGUAUUGCUAGCACAAUAACGUUUACUUUUUUUAAUACACUUCAAUGAUUUACGAACUAUGUGGAAAUGCAAAACAUCAUGUCUCUAGUAACUUAAAGCAAUACUUAAAAUAAUGUCUCUAAAAUUAUUUCAGUGAUAGAACUACUGGACAAAUUCUAAAUUCGCUGCUACAUGAGCAGCCUCACAGCGGCUACAAACACAUUCUGUAAAUUCUUUGUUCGGCUUGGUACGCACAGCCCUGCCCAUCACCUGCCUAUGGAAGGCUUUUCAAACGACAUUUCUGCUUUCGCCAGUUCCAUCAGCUUAGUCAACAAAUUAAUGUGUUUUGCACUGCCUAUGGGGAAGCAUAUACAGCGACAGUAUUUAUGACACUAGAAACUAGUUACCACAUGGGGAACCCAUUAGCAAUUGUUCCAUAGUGUUGCUUUAAUACCUCGAUAGUUAGAGUUCAAUUUUUUUUCGCUGUCCAAAGGGAUUGUGAAAUUUGCAUUAAUUGUGCCUGUUAUUCAUGUUUAAUGAUAUGUUGUGGAUAUGCAAGAAAAGCAACAGCCUAAAAAUAACCACAUGUUACAAUAUCAGUCUAGAAAAAAACAAAGACAUGUUGAGAUAGAACAGAACAAUCGUAGAGUCAUCAAUCAUUUUUUAAGAUAAAAGAUGUUAAAGCAUUAAAACAUUUUGUGAUAUGGUUAAACAAAUAACACUGCUGUGCAUUAUAAAUUGUACUUUUUUUGGCGGCAGUGUCAGUUCUGACUUAUAGCGAUGCAAAGUCUGAUUCAUUGUUUGUAUAAUCACACAAUAAUUUAAUUUUGUUUUCCUUUCUAAGUAUUCAGUGUCCUGUUAUUUCAUUGAGAUGUUUAAAUAAAGUUAUUUGUGUGAAUGCA